AUGCUGGAUAAUGCGAUGGAGUAUUUUGGAGGAGAUAUUCACAUCAGCCAUGGUAUUGAUAUUGACAGGUUUGGUUAUUUGGAUUUAGUAGAUGUAGUUGAGAAACUUGGUUAUGUUGAGGUUGGCAAAAUUUAUCAUAAGAUAUGUGGAGAAAAUGGAUCGGUUAGUUACAUACAUAUCCACAAUGAUGCUACAUUGAUGGAGGUGAUUGGGAGUUUGCAGCCCAACAAAUUCUAUGUUCAUCUAUUUGUUGAUAAUGAAAAAGAUGGGCAGAAAAAGGCUUCAGAAGAAUCUGUGAUCAAUAAUGCUGGUGAAAAGGGGGCAGGAGGAACCACUGAUCAUAGUCAAAUGAAGAAGAAAGAACCAAGAAGAAAAACUCCACCAGCUCAGAACUUAGUGCCACAACCCUCUGCAUCUGAGAAUCCUCCACCAGCAUAUACACAAACUGAAACAGCUCCUCCAGUUGCUCCUCAAUCUGCUAUGAAACAACCAAUUAGGAAAUCUCCCAGGUUGACUCAGACUGAACCGACUUUAAAUGAUCAUGGGAAGGUGAGAGUAGUGGCAGUGCUAGUGCCAGUGGAAGUAGCUCACAUAGAGGAACUGGUAGAGGUGGCAGUGGAAGGACUAGAAGUGGCAGAGGUCACACCAUUGGCACUCAAGAAAGUGCAGUCAGUUAGUUCAAUGGAUGUUUGGUUUGGUUUUUGGUGA